CUGGUUCGCCGGCGCGUGCGGAAUGCUUUGACGACUGCUAAAUUUGAAUGUCAUAUUUGAAUUGAACUUCCUUUGCGAAUGUCGAGUGUGAUUGUACUGAGUGAUUCGGACGAACCCGCGUCGCCUGUUGAACGCAACGGGAUCGAAAAUGGAUCGGAAGUCAAUGGGAAAUGUCAUUUCAACGAUACGAAUGAGUUCGACUUUCCGGAAGUACCAUUCUGUCGUGAAACCGCGGAAAACUCAGGAUCGCAAAGCGACGAUCUUCCUGAUUUGAAUGUCAACAAGCUCACUCAUGGAUCAUCGCAUAUCACAUCGGGUUCUUACGAUUCGGAAGAUAAUCGGGUUAAGAAAAUUUCGCGAAAGACGACGGCGCCUAAAAAGGACAAAACAGCGUUGAAGGAGGACCGACGAAAACGUCAACAAACUCUGGCGCAAGAGAAGGCGUUGAAAGCGAUCGAGAAGAAGAAAUCGAAAGAAAUGAAGCCUGGGGAAUGUAUAAAGUUCAUGGAAGUUAAUCUUGAUCAAGGUAUCGAUGAUCGGAAUGGAAAUUGUCGAACGGAAAUUGAAAGCAUGUUGCAAAAUGCUGAUGUUAAGUUUAAUGUAACCACAGAAUUAAUUCCGAACAGCAUUACAUGGCGGAGAAACAUCGAGGAGAAUUAUAUCGACGAAGAUAACGAAGUGUGCGUAAGAAAGGGUACACAGAUGGAAGAAUUUGCUAUAAUAAUCUGGAGCAGCUACGAAACAGUGACGCAUGUAGCGGAGGACACUUUUUGCGCGUCUAUCUCAAAUAUUACGACUCUGUUACCGAAUUACAGUAUAACUCUGGUUGUCUUCGGCAUGGAGGAAUAUUUUGCAUAUUUGAAGAAGUCGAGCUCUGGAAGUAACGGUUCCAAAGGUAACACUAAAGGUAAGCGGUUCGAGGCAUUUCCAAUUAUAUCAAGACAGCGGCUUGAGAUGUGCUUGACUGAAGUUCAGAUAGUAGCCAAAUGUAGCAGCAGAUUAAUUGAGAAUGCACAGGACUUGGCUUCAACGGUGUAUCAGUAUACAAAAUCUAUUUCGGAGAUACCGUAUAAGUUGCAGAAGAGAGAAAAUCAGGAAAGUAAAUUUGUCUGGUAUGUUAUGGGUGAUAAUAAGAAUACUGUACGCGUGGACAAAGAUGGGAAUGGACUGAAGAGAUUGUGGCAGCAGCAGUUGUGUCAAUUUAACUUGAGUAGCUUGGAAACAUCAGAGGCAAUAUGUACCGCUUAUCCUAGUCCAGUGCAGCUUAUUGAGGCUUACAAAAAUUGUACACCUGAUGAAGGCAUAAAUUUAUUAAAAGAUAUACCGAUUAGGAGAGCGGCGGGGCCUCUCACAGCUGUACGCAAAAUCGGUCCGGAAUUAAGCAAAAAGAUAUACACGAUGUUUACGUCACAAAACGGAAACACUCUGCUAGGUGCUGAAAUAUAGUUGUAUAGUACGCAAUUUACGAAAUAGCAGUAUUUUCUGCUAUCAGUACUAUUUAUUUUUCACCUUUCAAAUUCUUUGGCCAAUUUGGAGUUAAUAACGGACGUGCUAUAUAUGGAAGAAUAUCUAUAAUUAUUAGGCAUUUUUCUAAGUUGAAUAAUAAAUAUAAUUUUUUUUUUA